AUGACGGCCGUCGAAUCUCUCCCCCUUUCCCUCUCGCAACAGAGUCUAGUCAAGAUGGAAGAGCGCAAAAGACCCAGUCCAUAUGACCAGGUCGACUCAGCUCCUCCGUCGAAGAAACAGGCGACGUCGGCCAAUGGCGCGCCCAAGUCUCACAAAGAUGACGAUAUGCCUUGGAAGGAUGACCUUGAGAGAUUCCAAAAAGAUGCGAUCUACCGGCAGAUGCAAGAAUACAAGAGGGAGAAGAACACUCUUGAGUCACAAUUAAAAGAGAUGCGGAAAAAGUCCCGAUAUCACGAUGAUCACCUCCGGAUCAUUGAUUCUUGGUUUCAGCAAGUAAUUGACGAAGUCAAGUCUCUUGCUAAAGGCGAUGAUGAUGUAGAUAUGGAUUCCGCGUCGUUACCCUCUUCCCUGCUCUUUACGGACCAAGAACAAUUCGAAGAGCACCUACGCACCCGAUCUAAGGAAAUUAAAGCCGUAAUAUCGAGAUUGUUCGGUCCAAACAAACCAGAUUCGUCAGACGUGGCAGAGCUGCAAUCCAGAAUCUCCCGAUUACUCGCUGCAGAAAAAGGUCACGUGGUCGAGUUAUCAACAUUACAUGCGGAAAAGGAAGAUCUGGAGACUCGAUUAGAAAAUGCAUCUUUGCGGUAUAUGAUGGCAGAAAAGAAGAUCGAUCGCGCGAAAAGUGUGACCGUCGCAAAGCUCGAGAAACAAGCCUUGCUGGGCGCCACAAAACCUGCCGCAGAGGAAGGAGGUGCAGUCAAGAAAGAAGACAGUAUGGCCAAUGGAACGAUUGAUAAUUCUGAGGAGCUUGCCGAGUUGGAACGUGAGUUGAACAAAACAGCGUCAAUAUCGGAAAAGCAGAAAGAACAACUCGAGAGACUGGAAGAGGAAAAUGCCAAGUUAAACACCCAACUCACGGAGUUGACCACAAAGUCGGCCAUUCUGACCGACGAGGAUUAUGCAAAAACCGAGUUAUUCAAGCAAUUGAAAUCGCAGCAUGAGGAUGUUAUCAAGAGGAUAAACAACCUUGAGGCCACAAACACCGAAUUGAAAGAAGAAGCCAAGAAAUUGAGGUCUGAGAGGACGACCUACCAGACUCAGGUCGAGAAAGAGGCUCGGACUGCUUUGCAGGAAAAGGAGUCACUUCUGGCAGCGUCUGAGGCUAACCUGGCAAGGAUUCGUCACAAUCGGGACGAACUGUUAGCCGACCAGGCCAUGAAAAAAGCCACAAUGGAACAGGACCAAGAGUCGUCCAAGAAGAUAUCAGAUUUGGCUUCGGCCCAGGAAGAUCGAAUCAAGGCGCUGGAAUCCGAAAACGAGCGGUUAACGGGACAGUCGAGUGCGAUGGCUGUGGAUAAUGCAGAGCUGGAUUCUCUCGAUAUCGGAGACCUGCGGGCCAGAUACUCUGAUCUGGAGAGAAAGUACAAUCUGCUGAACUCGGAGCUGGCCUCGAUGUCGACGGCAUAUCAGAAGACGUCAAAAAUCGCCAGUCAAAAAGUUACAGAAUUCGCCGUUAUGGAAGAGAAAGUCCUGCGGUUGUCAGCGGAGAAGGCCAAAGCUGAUCAAAAGUUCUUUGCCGCCAUGAAGAGCAAGGAGACACGAGACUCGGAAAUUCGGACUUUGCGUUUACAGAACUCGAAAUCUGCAGAAGCUGUUUCUCAGCUGAAAGAGGCCGAGAGUGCAUCAAGGGCACUACUGGCCACUAUGGAGAAGCAAUUGGCAGAGCUGAAGGAUGCUUUGACAUCGAAGACAAACGAGCACCGAACCAUUCAACAACAAAACAUCACGCAAGGCCUUGAAGUUUCCAGGCUAAAUACCCAGUUGACCGAGUUGAAGAAUCAGUUGAUGGCAAAGGACGGUAAAUUUGCCCAGACGGCCAAUUUAUGUCGGGCGGCGGAGGUCGAAGUUGAAGAAUUGAAGGCAUCUCUCAAGGACACCCGAAGAAAUCUCGAACAAUGGAAGAGUAAGAGCGGACAGUCCGAGCAGUAUGAAAUUCUGCGACAAUUUGCAUAUUGCAACAUCUGCAAACGGCAAUUGAAGAAUACUGUGAUCAAGACUUGCGGGCACACUUUCUGCAAUGAGUGUGUGGAAGAACGACUGACGUCGAGAUCGAGGAAGUGUCCCAACUGCGGCAAGUCCUUUGGCAGCAACGAUCAUAUGCGGAUUACGCUAUAA